AAUAGCUAGCCAGCUAGCCGAAGGAGGCUAAUAUCUCCUUUUUACAAAAAUGGGUCGACAAUAAGGUUUCUUGCCAGUUGUUAACUCAGACAUACCACUUGUGUUGACCAUACGCCUUUCUAUUACGUUCACGCCUCUGUUGCGCCGCGUUUCUAAGAAAUAGAAGCGUUAUUAAACAGCGAAAUAUACCGGCUGUAACAGAAAACUGGAGCAGGCUAACGGUUGCUAUUAGCUUCGAGGCUACAGCAAGUAAGGCGACUGGCUAGGCAACCAUUACUGUCGAAGAGGCUUCAGACCGCCGGCUACUUGACUUACUCAGUUGCCAUAAUAGGAGGUAAAGAGAGAUUAGUGGCCUAUGAGGAAGCCACGUCGAAAAGGCCAGGUGGCAGCAGGGGGAGGUGGAGAAGAUGUCAGGAAGUCAAAUGGGACCGUUGGUGGGCGUGGGGGUACUCGCCAGCGAUCCCCCUCCCCUUACAGCCUCAAAGCAUCUCCAAGCAGAGAAACCCUGACUUACGCCCAGGCUCAGAAGGUAGUGGAGGUGGAGCUGGAUGGCAGGCUCCACCGCAUUUCUAUUCUGGAGCCCUUGGAGGUCAUCACUGAAGAUGAAAUGAAGGCUCAGGACAUUAGUGAGUGUAAUAGCAACAAGGAGAACAGUGAGCAGCCAUCACCUCCCACUAGCAGUACCCAGACAGUCCGCAAACCAUCCACACCCCGAGGCCGCAGGAGAGAGUCCAGAUGUCCCCCCAUUAAGUCGCCACCACCUUCAAAGAACCACUGUUCCAGUUCUCAAUCCCAAACAACAGAAAAGUUGAACACAUCACAUCAUCACCACAUGAACCUUCCUGAACCUAAGUUUCAUGUGCUGGAAACCUUCACACCUGUCAAGACAGAACCUCUUCCUACUGCUUAUUAUCGUUACAUUGAGCAGCAGGCUGAGGAGCAGGAAGCUGUGGCAGAAUAUGAUAUGGAUGAAGAGGAUACCGCCUGGUUAGAAAUGGUGAAUUCUGGUCGGACAUCAGAGGGUUACACAGCUGUCUCACAGGACACCUUUGAGCUUCUGGUGGACCGACUGGAGGAGGAGGCAUACCGGGAAGCCCGAAGCCGAGCUCCUUCUCAGAGUAUGAUAGACGAUGAUGCCUUUUGCUGCGUGUGCCUGGAUGAUGAGUGCCUCAACAGCAAUGUCAUCCUUUUCUGUGACUCCUGCAACCUGGCUGUGCACCAGGAGUGUUAUGGAGUGCCCUACAUACCUGAGGGCCAGUGGCUGUGCCGCUGCUGCCUCCAGUCCCCUCAGAAACCCGUUGACUGUGUUUUAUGUCCAAACCGUGGUGGCGCCUUCAAGCAGACGAGUGAUGGCCGCUGGGCCCAUGUGGUCUGUGCUAUCUGGAUCCCUGAAGUCUGCUUUGCCAAUACAGUUUUUCUAGAACCAGUUGAAGGGGUCAAUAACAUUCCCCCAGCACGCUGGAAACUGACAUGCUACCUGUGCAAGCAGAAGGGCCGUGGGGCAUCGAUACAGUGCCACAAGGCCAACUGUUACACUGCGUUUCAUGUCACAUGUGCUCAGCGUGCUGGAUUGUUUAUGAAGAUAGACCCUGUGCGAGAAACGAACGUCAACGGGACCACAUUUUCAGUGAAGAAGACAGCUUUCUGUGAGGCCCAUUCACCACCAGGACAAGAGAGUAACUCAGAUGAGGAGAGUGAAGGAAGAGUGGUGGGCAGCAGAGGAAGGGCGAGUAGAGGAAGGAGUGCCUACACACAAGGUCCUAUAACACCCAAAAAAGGCAGAAAGUCUGAGGAUGACCCAAAGACAGAUAAAAAGAAAGGGAAAAAGGGCACAGAGUCCACAGCACAACAUACCACUUCACCACAAGUGACAGUGCCUCAGAUACCCACAAGCAGGCUGAAUACAAUAUGCAAAGGAAUCAUCCUCCAGAGGAAAAACCAGUUCAUGCAAAGGCUGCACAGCUACUGGUUACUGAAGCGUCAGUCAAGGAAUGGUGUGCCGCUGGUCCGGCGUUUGCACUCUAGCGUCCAGUCUCAAAGGAAUACUGAACAGCCUGAGCUGGAUGAGAAGGUUUCUGCUGCAAGAGAAGCACUGAGGUACUGGCAGAAGUUGCGACAUGACCUGGAGAAAGCCCGGCUUCUGGUUGAACUCAUACGUAAGAGGGAGAAACUGAAACGAGAGCAGGUCAAAGUUCAUCAAGCAGCUCUGGAGAUGCAGUUGACCCCAAUGUUGAUGCUGCUUCGCUCCACCCUGGAGCAGCUACAGGAAAAAGACACGGCUCAGAUCUUUGCAGAGCCAGUCAACGUCAAGGAGGUCCCAGACUACCUGGAGUUCAUCAGCCAGCCCAUGGACUUUUCCACUAUGCGUGCUAAGCUGGACAGUCAUGCCUACCGCUCAGUGUCUGACCUGGAGAGAGAUUUCAACCUGAUGAUUUCAAACUGCCUCCUCUACAACAGCAAGGACACAGUCUUCCACCGGGCGGCGCUGCGUCUUCGAGACUUAGGGGGGGCUAUCCUGCGUCAUGCCCAACGACAAGCUACAAACACAGGCCUGGACCUGGAUACAGGCAUGCAUCUAGCUGAGUCACCGCAGAAAAGAGACUUUUACAGCUGCACCUGGGAGGAUAUUGACAGUGUGCUGGACCCUGACAACCGGCUUCACAUGACCGUUGAGGAACAACUGAAGGAGCUUUUAGAGAAGAUGGACUAUGUCACCUCCAUGAGAUGCAGCGGUGCACGAACUAAACGCAUACGCCUGCUUCGUCGAGAGAUCAACAGCAUCCGCAGACAGGGACAAAACACCCGCCACAGCCUUCUCAAUGGACAUCUGAAAGAUGAAGACGAUGAUGACGAGGAUGAUGAUGAUGGAGAGGAAGAUGAUGACAAAGAGACCAAGGCAGACAACGGCCUGUCAUCUUCUGACAAAGAAGAUCUUAAAUCCUCAUCGCCUCCAACACUGGAACCAACAGGUCCAGCUCCGCCACCACGACAGGAGGACACACCUCUGGAGCCUCCCACCCUUAAGCCAAUCACAGGGGAGCUGCAGCCCCCCAGCUGGCCCUGCAAACGCCUAAAGCUGGACGUAGACCUCUCAGAGAGCACCACAGAGAACAAUAAUUGCACUAAAGCUCAAGAGCGGCCAGCGUCACCGCCUCCUAUUUUGCACAGCCAAGGACAGGUGGUGGCCAAUGGCCUACAAGAGCUCAGUACCCCCCCAAAGCCCACCACUGGGGGGGUUGGACGUCGGACCUCUGUUCUGUUCAAGAAGGCAAAAAAUGGAGCUAAGCUUUUUAGAGAGAGAGACAGUCCUUUGCUGAACGGAAAGGGACCCCAGAGUGACAACACAAGCAACACCCCUACAGCACCCAACUCCACAGAGAGUACCCCAUCCUCAACACCCCUGUCCACUCCAUCCAAGACCCCACAGAAAAGCCCCGGACCACCCGUUAUCACCGAACAUUGUAGCCCUAGCCGGGACACAUGCUCAGAUAAUGAGCUUGAGAAGACCCCGAAACAUGCACUGGAGAGUGGACUGACCAACGGCUUCAACAAGCACAAAGACGGCAGGUCCGACUCUGAGUACAGCCCUUGUCCAGUCCUUCAGAAAGAGAUCACCUCACCACCCAAACGAAGCCUUGGAAAACCUGCUCUAUCCAAAGUUCCUUUCCUGGACAUAGUCAACGGAGACUCCGAUUACACUGGCAAUCAUAGCCAAACAUCUGAGGACGAUAGAGAGCUGGAGCCGCUAGAACUGGUGUGGGCCAAAUGUCGGGGAUAUCCCUCCUAUCCUGCCCUGGUCAUCGACCCAGAGAUGCCUGAAGAGGGCCUGCUGCACAACGGGGUUCCUAUUCCUGUCCCACCCAAAGAAGUCCUCCUUCUGGGAGAGCAAAGGCAGGAGGAGAUGAACGAGAGGCUCUACCUGGUGCUCUUCUUUGACAACAAGCGGACAUGGCAGUGGCUGCCACGGGACAAGGUGACGCCCUUGGGUGUUGAUGACACAGCGGACAAGCUACGCAUUAUGGAGGGCCGCAAGUCCAGCAUCCGCAAGUCAGUCCAGGUGGCGUACGACCGAGCCAUGAUCCACCAGAGCAGGGUCAGCCACAACCAUGGCUUUGUGGCCUCCAACUACCUGUAGAGGGCGACAGUGAGCCCUGUGUGCACCCUCAGUCAGCCACUAUGCAUUUCUCCCUCGUCUUAAAGCAGCAGGUGUGCAGAAUCGUGCUGCCAGCUGGAUUUGUAUUCACACUGUGGUCUGAGGAGGUUUGCCAUGAGUCCAGGACUGUAGUUCUUUACCAAACCACUAGUGUGCGACGCACAGGGCCGUGCUGUCUGCCUCUGUGUUGUUUUUAAUGUGGAGCUCCUAUGAAUGAAGUCACCUUUAGGUCCCAUCUUGCUGAGGUCAGUAAGAAUAAAAUCAGGUGUCUGUGGAGGUUUCUGCUCCCUCCACUCAGAUGUGUUGAAGGUUUGUGUCUGGAUCAAAUGUAAAAGAAUUCCCCUUUAUUUUGUAUAAUGCUACUGCCAAGGAAUCAAACUGUCAGAAAAGAGAUUUGACAUAUUUAUAUGAAACGCAGAAGACGUAUGAAUGGAUCACUGCCAUCUUUUAUACAAUAGCUUUUUACAUUUUAAUCUUUUACAAAGACACUUGUAUAUUAUAAAGGCACACUUUGUGUACAUAUGUACGUGUAUUAUCAAACCCAAUUUAAUUUAAUAUUUUUGUUUUUAAAUGCGUAUUUCAAUCAACCCACACAGGGCAAAGCGAGGCUGUGUAUAUUUGUGAACAUGAAAUAAUUCCUGACUUGCUGCAACUUCUUAGCUUGUCUCAGAUGUAAUUUCAUUGUGCUGUGUGUAUGUGGGUGUGUACAUUCAGAGCAUACAACACAACGAGCCAUUGUUCUUUAUAUUUGAAUUCUCUUUUUGAUACAGAGAGAAAUAAUUUAUUUAUGGAAGACAGAAGUGUAGAAAUAAAGCUAUAUUGGUUUGAGUGGAGAAUUAAAUCUUAUUUAAAACAGAGUGAGGUUUUAAAAACAUGCAGCCAACAUUUUAACAGACGACUUCAUCGCGUUUGGUUUGAUUUUCAUGAUUUUAGUCCAAACCGACCACCAGAAUUCACUGUUGACCCCCCAGAAGAUUCUAUUUAUUGUCCAGAGCCCCGUUGUAUCAAAUGGAAAUAUACACCUUUAUAAGCUUGUACUACCUGCAUAUUUUACCUGCUCACCAAAUAUUUUGUCUGAACCAGUAUUUCCACAUUUUGGGAAAUAAAUGCUCUAUUAAAAACCUUUUGGGAUA